UAACUACUUUACUGGGCAGCUUCCGGUUUCAUUAUCUAAUGCUUCACAACUAAAAUUUAUUGGAUUCGAAUUCAAUAAUUUUAGUGGACCUGUGCCUCCAAAUCUAGGAAGAUUGACUGCUCUCGAGCGGCUGGCUCUUGACGAAAAUGAGUUAGAAAAUAUGGAGGGAGACGACUUCAGUUUCAUAGCUUCUUUGACUAAUUGCAGCAAACUCUCCAUACUGGAUUUAGGUGCAAAUCGUUUUAAAGGUCAUUGGCCUACUUCAAUUGUUAAUCUCUCAAGCAGGCUUGAAUUUCUAUCUAUAUCGGAGAAUCAGAUUUCAGGCAGACUACCAGAUGGGAUUGGCAACUUGAUUGGCCUUACAACUUUGAAUCUCUAUCACGACUUUCUCACAGGUGAAAUUCCAAAUAGUAUUGGCAGACUAGAAAAACUGAAUGGACUUUGGUUACAUUAUAACCAAUUUUCAGGUACAAUUCCAUCCUCAAUUGGGAACCUCACCCAAUUACUUUAUUUGUAUCUUGACGGAAAUAAUUUAGAAGGUGAAAUACCUCUUAGUUUGAGAAAUUGUAGACAUCUUGUAGAAGUCAACAUAUCUUAUAACAACAUUAUUGGUUCCAUACCAAAAGAAGUUUUAAGUUCUACGAUUAUAAUCUUCGACUUCUCAGGAAAUUUCUUAUCUGGCUUACUGCCUCUAGAGCUGGGAAAUAUGACCAAUCUAAUUAGUUUGGUUCUUUCCCACAAUAGAUUAUCUGGACAAAUUCCAAGUACCUUGGGAAAUUGUCUCAUGAUGGAAGAACUGUAUAUGCAAGAUAACUUAUUUAUGGGUAGCAUCCCAUCCUCCUUCAGUGCUUUGAAGAGUCUUCAUUACCUUGACCUUUCAAGAAAUAAUUUUUCUGGACAAAUUCCAAAAUAUCUCCAAAAUUUCACUCUGCUGCAGCAUUUGAAUUUAUCUUUCAACAAAUUUGUAGGAGAGGUUCCAUAUGAAGGGGUCUUUGGAAAUGCAAGUGCAGUUUCAGUUCUUGGAAACCAACGUCUCUGUGGAGGCAUUCAGAAUCUCGGACUCCCUCCAUGUAAGGUCCAAGGCCUAAAGAAGAACAACAGGAGAUCCAAGAGGAAAGCCCCUUCAAUGUUGCAAAUACAAGAACCAUUUCCAAAGAUUUCUUUUGCAGAGUUAAGUCAAGCAACUAAUGACUUCUCAUCAGCUAACUUGAUUGGCGAAGGAAGUUUUGGCUCUGUUUAU